AUGGCAGCCAGCAUAGACGCACCCACCACGCCGUCCGUGCCGGAUCUCUCGCUCGCACAGGACCUGUUUCUCCUGCGCACGCCCAACCUCCCCGCCGCCCUGGCCGAGGGCGCGCAGAAGCGGAUUCUGGCUGCGAUCGAGGAAGGAAGCAAGGCGCCGCUGUACUACUACAUCCACUCGGUCCUGGAUUUGCCAAUGAUACCGUGGGAUGAGGAAAAGUACAAGACGAUGGCGGCGAAGAAUGAGGAGGACGUGAAGGCGCUCGAGAAGCCUAUUGCGGAGGCCGAGGAGGCCGGCGGCGAGAUGGAGAUUGCUGAGGGAUGGAUUAAGGUCGGCGAGUUCUGGGCAGCUCUUGGUGAUAAGGACAAAGCCAUCUUUGCGCUCCGGAAAGCGCAUGAUCUCUCACCAGGACUGGGUUCCAAAAUCGACGUGUUACUCACAAUCAUUCGCGUUGGCUUGUUUUUUGACGAAAAAACAUUCGUCGGCAACGAGCUCGAGAACGUUAAAGUACUGAUUGAGCGUGGCGGCGAUUGGGAUAGACGCAAUAGACUGAAGACGUACGACGGACUAUACUCGCUGUCGAUCCGCAAGUUCGACGAGGCCGCCGAUCUGCUGCUUGACAGCUUGUCGACCUUCACAUCCACCGAACUGUGCACGUACGAGGAAGUCGUGCAGUACGCCAUCCUGGCCGCUGGCGUGUCGCUCGGUCGCGUGCCGCUCAAGACUAAAGUGAUUGACUCUCCCGAGAUCCUGUCGCUGCUGUCGACGACGCCUUCGCUUGAACCUCUGACGACGAUGACCAACUCGCUCUACCUGUGCGACUACGCGAGUUUUUUCAAAGCGCUGGUCGACGUCGACGAGUCGCUGCUGAAAGUUAACCGAUACCUCGCGCCGCAUUCAAAGUACUACGUCAAGGAAAUGCGCCGGAGGGGAUACUCGCAGCUGCUGGAGUCCUAUCGCGCGUUGAGUCUAAAGAGCAUGGCAGAGGCCUUUGGCGUCAGCGUGGAGUUUUUGGACAACGAUCUUUCAAAGUUUAUCCCUCAGAAGAAGAUCAACUGUGUGAUUGACCGAGUAAAUGGCAUAAUCGAAACCAACCGUCCAGACAACAAGAACGCACAAUACCAGCUGCUGGUGAAGCAGGGCGACGUGCUUCUCACGCGAUUACAAAAGUACGGCACGGCUGUGCGCAUGAGUGGUUCGGAGCGCGUGGCAUAG